GGUCACGUUCAAAAGGCUGCCGGGAAACAGGAGCGGCUAGUGGUCGCGCGAGCCUAGCCUGUCUCGGUGCUGCUGUUUUAACUGCUGCGGUCCUUUACGGUUCAUCUACGUGUAAGAAGUACGCCUUUAGGAUGACGGGGAGUGCGGGCGAAUGGUGUCUGAUGGAGAGCGAUCCGGGGGUCUUUACGGAACUGAUCAAAGGCUUCGGAUGCAAAGGUGCCCAAGUCGAAGAGAUAUGGAGCAUGGAACCGGAAAACUUUGAAAAACUGAAACCAGUUCAUGGGCUGAUUUUCCUUUUCAAGUGGCAGCCAGGAGAGGAGCCCGCCGGUUCCAUUGUCCAGGACUCGCGGCUGGACCACAUUUUCUUUGCCAAGCAGGUCAUUAACAAUGCGUGUGCCACUCAGGCAAUUAUUAGCGUGCUGUUGAACUGCUGUCACCAAGACGUGCAGCUUGGGGACACAUUGUCUGAGUUCCGGGAAUUCUCGCAGAGUUUCGACGCGGCUAUGAAAGGUCUGGCACUGAGUAACUCUGAGGUGAUACGACAAGUUCAUAAUAGUUUUGCCAGACAACAGAUGUUUGAGUUUGACGCAAAGUCAUCUGCGAAGGAUGAAGAUGCGUUCCACUUUGUGAGUUACGUUCCAGUGAAAGGGAGGCUGUACGAGCUGGACGGGCUCCGUGAAGGCCCGAUUGACCUUGGGGUUUGUAACCAAGAUGAGUGGAUCAGCGCAGUCCGGCCCGUUAUUGAGAAAAGAAUUCUCAAGUACAGUGAAGGCGAGAUACGGUUUAACCUGAUGGCGAUAGUGUCAGACCGAAAGAUGAUUUAUAAUCAAAAGAUUGCCGAACUGCAGAGUCGGCUUGCUGAGGAGGAACCAAUGGAUACCGAUCAAAGUAACAAUCUACUUUGCUCCAUUCAGUCAGAAAUUGCGAAAUAUCAGCUUCUCGUAGAAGAGGAGAAUCAGAAGCUGCAGCGAUAUAAAAUGGAAAACAUCCGGCGAAAGCACAAUUACCUACCAUUCAUCAUGGAACUGCUCAAGACAUUAGCUGAGUACCAGCAGUUGAUACCAUUGGUGGAAAAGGCAAAAGAGAAGCAAAAUGCUAAAAAUGCCCAGGAGGCUAAAUGACGCACUGAGGCUUUGUACCGUCGCUCAUUGUCACAAAACGUGCACAGAAACCACAGGUGACUUAAGCUGUCCAGUCCGGCAACUGAAAAUCCAUGCAUGCAGUGAAGUGUUGGAGUAGACCAUCUGUUCUCCUGUCACAGAUUUGCUAAUCAAGUCUAAAUCUGUUGAAACAUGUUAAAAAUUCAAGCUUGAAAUAAAUGAACAUUUCUCCUUCAUUACCCCCCUUUUUUUUGUAAAAGUUGUAAAUGAUUGACUUGUCAAAUUUUUGUUUAUUUGAAUUGUAGUGGCAGCAUCUAUAAACACAUUGGACUUUUGUUAUUGACUUUUUCUUUUUUUUAUAUAUAUAUGGAUGCUGUUGAUUUAGUAUUUAAAGUGUCAAUAGGUGGAGCUGUUUUUCCAAAUAUGGCCACAUGAGUCACUGUAUAUCGCACUGGUAGGGAGUGCUGUCUUGUUAGUCGUUUCCCUCAUGGCAUUGCGUCCAUAAAUGGGUAAAUAAAAGUCAUCUUAUGAUGAAGGAAAAAUC